AUGUCUACGGAUUUAGAUAAACUAAUAGUUGACGAAGAUAUAUCUUACGAAGAAUCAAUAUCUAAAGAUCCUACCAAUAUUUCAACUUGGAUAUCUUAUUAUAAUUUCAAAUCCAACUCCAUUUCAACCAGUCUAUAUAAUAAAUUAUUCAUUUUAUAUCGUAGUGUCAAAUCAAACCCUACAUCAAUUGAAUUAUGGCAAUUAUUAAUUGAUCUUGUGUUAUUGGAACAAUCACAAAUUCAAUCAAGUACUAUUAUUGAAGUAUUUGAAACUGCAUUGAUUAGUCUACUGACAAAUCAUGAAAUUUGGAUUCAAUUUUUUAAAUUCCUAUUAUCUACAACUACAAUUGAUGACAGUUGCGGAAUAAAUAAGGUGACAUAUAUAAGAAGAAUGUUUAACAAUUGUUUGCAGAGUUUACCACUAGUGGAUCAUAAAAUGAUUUGGCCAAUUUAUUUACAAUUUGCCGACACAAUAGGCGGCAUUACUGCGAUUAAGAUAUAUUUAAAGUAUAAACAAUAUUUACCUCAGUCGAUAUUACAGGGGAAAGAGGAUAUUAAUAAACAGAAAAAUUAUGGGAUGAAUUUACAAGAAAUAAUUGAUAAGUUACGAGAAUUUGGUGACGUUGAAAAUGUAAUGAAAUUAUAUUAUGAAAUUAUUAAUAAUCCUAAUAAUUAUAAACAAUUGCCGCAACCAAUUGUUUAUUAUUUGUUUCAAUAUAUUGAUUUAUUAAUUAGUUCACUGAAAUCAACAGACAACAAAUACUUUGAAGAUUUAUUGACGAAAUCCUUAUAUCAAUAUCCAGAUCAAUUAGGGAAACUCUAUAUCAAGGCAACUAAAUAUUUCAAAUCUCGUGGAGAUAUUGAAAAAACUCGAUAUUAUUAUAAUCAAGGGAUUAAAAAUUGUUGUACAGUUAAAGAUUUCACAAUGAUUUAUGAUUCAUAUUUACAAUUUGAAGAAAAUCAAGUGACAAAACUAACAGAAAAACUUGAUACAGAAUCAGAAUCAGAAAUACUAUCCUUAUAUUUAGAUGAUUUUGAAAAAUUAAUUAAUGAUCGGAAAAUUCUACUUAAUGAUAUGAAAUUACGACAAAACAUCAAUGAUUUAGAUACUUGGUUUGAACGAUUUGAAAUUAUUGAAACACAAGAUGAUUUAAAUUUAUUAAUUCAAACAUUAACUCAAGCAUUAAAAUCAAUUAAUCCAUUGAAAGUAACGACAACAACAACAACAGCAAAGAAUUUAAAAUUAAGUGGGAUAUGGUUAAAAUAUGUUGAUAUUUAUUCUAGUCGAGGAGAUUUCCAAACUGCUGAUUUGAUUUUUUCAAAAUCGGUAUUAUCACAAUAUAAUGAUCCUGAUGAAUUAGCAGAAUUAUAUAUUAAUUGGAGUGAAAUGAUUUUAGGGUGUGAUAAAUUCCCAGAGACAAAAGCCAUUGAAAUUCUUGAUGAUAUAUUAUAUCGAGAAUAUUCUGAUAUCAAUUAUACUGAUAAUACUAAACCGGUACAACAAAGAAUCAUUAAAUCAAUUAAAUUAUGGAAUUUUUAUAUUGAUUUAUUAGAAUCAUUUAUUGAAUCAGAUAAUCAAUUGAAUGAGAUUGGAAAAGUUAUUAAUGCUUAUCAACAUUUAAUAAAAUUAAAAAUUGCUACUCCAAAAAUAAUGAUUAAUUUUGCUCAAUUUUUAGAAUCGUGGAAUCAAUAUGAACAAUGUUUUAAUGUAUUACAUCAAGCAUUAAAAAUAUUCCAAAAUGAUAAUCAAAUUAAAUUUGAAAUUUGGAAUGUUUAUCUUGUUAAAGCCAUUAAACAUAUUCAAUUAACAGAAAGAAUUCGUGAUUUAUUUGAACAAAGCAUUAAUGAAAUUCCAGCUUAUUUAAUAAAACCAAUAUUAUUAUUAUAUUAUCAAUAUGAAUUAGAUCAAGGAUAUACUUAUAAUGCCAUUAAAAUAUUAAUUAAAUCAUUAACAGAAAAGUUUUCACCUGCUCAAAGGAAUCAUAAAUUGAUGAUUCCACAACAAAGGAAAGAAAUUAAUUUACUGAAAUUUGAAAUUUAUAAAUUGAUACUAAUUAAAUUAGAAGAAUUACAAGAUAUUGAACAAUUUAAUAAAAUUGCCACUAUGGCCAUGAAUGAUGAAUAUUUAUCAACUUAUCAAUUAUUUGAUUUAGGUAGUAGAUUUAUUAAAUUUGAAAUAUCAACCGUUGUCACCACCACCACCAAUAAAAAUACUAAAAACAAACAAUUGGAGAGAAUAAGAGAAUUAUUUAAAUUUAUAUGUCAAUCAACUUUAUUAGAUGAAAGUUGGAAAAUGUGGGAAUUAUUUGAAAUGGAACAUGGUGAUGAAUUAAGUUUUAAAGAUAUGUUAAGAUUUAAACGAACAGUAAUUAAUUCAAUUGUUAAUGAUAAAGUCAUUAAAGAAUCAAUUAAUCCAAUGGGGUUCUUGCGAGCUACUUCCAUCGAAACAGAGUCUGAUGAUAAAAUUACCAAUCCAGAUAUAAUUGAUAUAGAUAUGUAA